CCUUCGUAAGGUGGGCAUAUGUCCUUGGCACGAUGAGUACCGCAGGUCAUGAUCAGAGAACGCCAUACUAAAAGUAAGUAUUUCGUAACCAGGCCCAACAUUUCAAUGUACCGGCUGUAGCGUUAUACCAGUGGUUACAUGGUUCAAAUUCCUACAUCAGAGAAUGAAAGGCUUUUCCGUGGUUGCUGUAUGUGGCUGAUGGAUUCAUUAUACACCCGUAUUUGACCCCUGGUUUGAUCUUGUACACCGAACCUUAACAAGUGAAUAUACGACCUAAACAUGUGUCUUUAGAGUCCGAAAGUGCCAUGGCGAAUGCACUUCAAGCCCUGCUUUCUUCCUAUUUCCUAUACGGGAGGGUGAUAAAGAAGGUCUAGACCGGAUAGGGUGGCUUCAGGUGCGUCGGCCGACAUAAUUGGACUGUUGCGCCAUCCAAUGGAAUACGCGAUCGUGCUCCCCGAGGUAGGAGGUCGCAUAUGCAGCGUAAGCGUAGCGGCCAGUCGCGGCCGCGGGCGGUCCGGUUCAGUACCACCCCUGUUGUAUCCCAGAGUGCGGUAUGCUUACCGAUAUACAAACCCUAAUGAUCGUAGUGACCACUUGCAAGCUACACACAACUACGCGACACCGAGAGAUCCUGAUGCGAUCUCUACGGACCUAGAAGAAUUGAAUCGAAAGUACAGAACCAGCUUCAUUCGUUUACUAGCGGAUGAAGCGCAAUCGACUGACGCCGCGAAGCGUCGAAGCAUCAACCUCGAGGCUGAGAUAGCCGAACGCAGUCCCAUUUGCGUUAGUGGACACGGACUGGUCGGCACCCACAUGGUACACCAGAGGCGUUACGGUCGGACCCAGAUACGUCCACAAACGUAUAGCAGCCUCCGGGACGUUGCAAAUGAUUUGGAGACGGGGAUGAAAGCUGGAGGACAGUCGGCUGCAACCUUGAGAACAAAAGCAUAAAAUUAAGUACAAGAAAUGGCAGGCAUCCGACGAAAUAGA